UGUUUAGACUCGACCCACAAAAAAGAAGCAGCUGUUACUAACAAAGUUUGGGUUGAAUUAUUUCGCCGGCGAGUAAAUAAUAACUUUAAACAGCUUUAUAAACUUUGUAUGCCUUGAAAGUGAUCUAUGGAUCAUGCCAGACAGAUUUAUGAAUAACUGACGAGGAUCAAGACUAAUGGACAUGUUUACCACUUAACAGACAGCCAGUAUCUGAGGGCCUGUAGCAAUGGGGACACCGUUCACAAUCGAUGACGCGUUCGUCCUGGAGGGCGAGGAGGAAGGAGUGGUGCCUGGAGAGGAUGAGGGGGAAUGGAAGGGGAGAGAGAAGGAUGGAGGAGAGAUGAUGUUUGGACCGCUUUCUUUUGCCAAAACACAAACUUCUGGACCCACUGGCACUCCUGAACACAGUAAUCUGAAAUAUCAGAACCUGGAAAAUGAAGAUGCUUUAGGUGGCACUGUGAACUCUUCUUUCAAUAACUUCUUCAAAAUCAGUGAUCCUGCUACUCUGUCCUACUGCAGCUCUCAGUGGUCAUUCAGCACACUCAGCUCCGUCACACAGCUGUCUGCUCACUGCUGCGGGUGGACGUCUCACCCGCUGGUGAAGAAGAACAGACGAGUCGUUCUUGCCUCAUUCCUCCUCUUAAUCACUGGAGUUGCUUUGAUCUUUACAGGCAUUGUCAUACAGUUAAACCCUCACGCAGGUGUUUCAAGUGCAAUUUUCUUUGUUCCUGGAUUUCUUCUCUUCAUACCUGGUGUCUAUCAUGUGACCUAUAUAAGCUGUGCAGUUCGGGGACGAAGAGGAUUCAAGUUCUUUUAUUUGCCGUACUUUGAGAAGUAAACCGUUAUUCUUCUUCACAUAA